AUGGCCUUUCAAACCGCAAAGCGCGACCUGCGUAAGCGGAUGCGUGAGACGCUCCAAAAGAUGCCUGCCUCACUCAUCAAUCAACAAUCCGGUGUCGCGACCAGUAAAUUCUUGUCGCUGCCCGAGUACCAGAAUGCGAAAAGUAUCGCCGUUUACUUGUCAAUGCCGACCGGAGAACUUUCCACUAGUAGAAUUGUUCAGGAUGCAUUUGCGCGUGGGAAAAACGUGUAUAUCCCGUACAUUCAUACCGUGGAAAAAACCUCCGUCAUGGACAUGCUCGCCCUCGAAUCAAUGACGGAAUAUGAGUCACUGCUGCCAGACAAAUGGGGAAUCCCCUCUUUGCAGCCUGUGCAAGUGCCGGGUCGUCAUAAUGGUCUGGCAGAGAAUGGAUUGGAUCUCAUUGUGAUGCCAGGCAUGGCAUUUGACCGGGGGUUUCGGCGAUUGGGUCAUGGGAAAGGAUAUUAUGACCACUUUCUCACUCGUUAUUCCCAAUUAAGCAAGCAAAUGCCCUUCCUUGUCGCCUUGUCGCUCCAGGAGCAGAUGGUUGAAGAAAUCCCGGUGAUGGCGCAUGACUGGCGGGUUGACGCACUCGUGAUGGGUGAUGGGGAGUAUCUAAAUCGCCAAAUUGAAAUAGAACAAGACUGA